AUGUCAAAAGUCGUGAGAAGUGUCAAAAAUGUCACAAAGGGAUAUAGUAGCGUUCAGGUCAAGGUGCGAAAUGCUACCUCCAACGAUCCGUGGGGUCCGACGGGCACGGACAUGGCUGAGAUCGCAGCCCUUACAUUCAACAACCCAAGUGACUUCUACGAGAUCAUGGACAUGCUCGAUAAGCGGCUGAACGAUAAGGGCAAAAACUGGCGACAUGUGCUGAAGUCAUUGAAAGUCCUUGACUACUGUCUGCACGAGGGUUCGGAAUUGGUGGUCACCUGGGCCAGAAAGAACAUAUACAUCAUCAAGACAUUGCGAGAAUUUCAAUACGUUGAUGAAGAUGGGAGAGACGUGGGACAAAAUGUGCGCACAUCUGCCAAGGAAUUGACCUCACUCAUUCUGGAUGAAGACCGCCUUCGCAGCGAACGCUCCGACCGGAAGUUGUGGAAAACCCGUGUCACGGGAAUUGACGAAUAUGCGCCUCAGGCUAUAGCUGGCCCUACACAUCCACAACGUCGACAUACGGAUCGGCACGCCGAAUACCGUGAAGACCAGGAAGAGCGUGACAUCCGGGAGGCGACAAGACUUAGCAAACUUGAGGAGGAGGAAAGGGCUCGAAAAGAGAAUCAAAGCAGGAGCACCGAUGAGGAUGAUCCAGCAUUGAUUAGAGCCAUUCAGCUCAGUAAGGAGGAGGCAGAUCAGCGCGCCCGGCAGCUUGAGGAACAGAACGCUUCUUUACUUUUCGAUGAUACUCCUGCGCCAGCGCCAGCGCAGAGCCAGCCAACUGGUUAUAACCAGGGCUACCAGCAACAGCCCGCCGUGGAUUGGUUCGGCAACCCCCUUCAACAGCAACCACAGAGCACCGGGUUCUUGAACAAUCAGUAUUCCCAGCCACAACAAACAGGCUAUCCAAGCGGCUUCUCCAACGGGUUUCAACCUGCGCAACCGACAGGAUAUGAUCAAUUUGGUCAACAGCCAUUCUUGCAGCAGCAGAACACCAUUCAACCCCAGCAGACUGCUUUUCAGACCAACAACCCGUAUGGCGUGCAGCCUUCCGGUGACUUGUUCGGAGCGCAAGCACCUCAACAGACCAACCUCCAGCCUGGCACCAACAAUCCUUGGGCCUCUCCGUCACCCCAAAUCCCAGAUGCACUUAAACCGUUGCCCACUGGGUCAAACAACCCAUUCGCCCAAAAACCACCGCAAUCAUCCCCUUCGCCUUUCGCUCGGCCAAGCACUCAACCUUCCUUGGGCACGCUGUACGAAUCGCAGCCAACUACGCAAUUUACGCAGCCUUCCCAACCCAACCCCAUCACGAAUUACUCGGCGCCGCAGCCGACCUUUCAGCAACAGCAGAAGCCGGUCAAUCCGCAGCAUGCCAAGCUUAAUGCCUUACUGGCUUCCGGAGAAGGACAGGAUACAUUUGGAAAUACAGGCGAUUUGCGUAUUCCUGCUCAACACACUGCACCAGGGACUUUUGUCAAUUCGGCUGGGCAAGGCCUCGAUCGCCUCCGUGCUGCUCAAACUGGCACCAAUCCAUUCUUUUCAGCUCAAGCUACUGGGUUCGGUCAGGGACAAGGCGGAUUCGGCCAACAAAUGCCGACUCAGACCGGGCCAGUGGGCGGGUUUGGCGGCGGAUAUGGCCAGCAGAAUAGUAACCCUUUUGGAGCCCGGCCAGUUGGUCAGCAGGGCGGAAGUCUGAUUGACUUGUAG